AUGUGGUGGUUCUUUCGCAUCUUUACCAGCUCGGUUUUCUUGCUUACCGUCGUCCUCUCGAUUCCCAUUUCCUUUGAUGUAGGAGGUCGCGACAGCGGGCUGGCUUACAGCCUGUCCCUCUUCUCCUUCUACCUCAUCUAUAGCGCCUUCAAGCUUGCAACUCCCGAAGAAUCGCGCUUUCGAUGGAGUAUCACCAAGCUCAUACAGUCUGCUCAAUGGGUUGUCAUUCCUGCUCUGCUGAUCUGGUCUCUCCACCGCUUCGCCGUUGACGCGAAUAGCUCAGACUGGGUUUCGAGAACUGUUGGCGGUCUGGGCAGGAAGCACAAUAGCUGGUCUGAUUACUUCUUCGGCGACGGGGGCUUAGUUGAGAACGUCGCGCUCGGGGGCUGGGACAAGACCCUCAGCUACUCGAGCCCCGUGUUCCAGCUUCUUGAGGGCUUUUGUACUCUGCUGGUUAUUCAGGCUGCCGGUCAAAUCACGAGAUGGCUCGUCAACAGGGGACGUAGCGAUACGUGGGUGCUAAUCCUGCUCAUCUUCUCUGCCUCCGUCAUUGCAAGUGCCGUCUACUUCUUAUGGCGCGUCGCCCUCUUCCCAAGCAUCAGUCACCUUGACGCGACACUGAUCGGCGUGACCAUGACAUCGGCCGUGUUUCUGUGCGCAAUCGGUAUUGGUUCAGGUCGCGGCAAUCCCGUCGAGUCCUCACUACUCUUUGCAUACGUCGUUUUAUGCAUAUAUCAAAUCUUCACCGAUUAUGUCCAGUCGCCAGAGGCUGUAGAGGCUGCUGAAAGGGAAGCUGCAAACCAACCAGAUUUCCCGCCUCUGCCUCCAAUCAUCAUGGCCAGCUAUUCUACCCUCUUGCAUCUAUUGGGAUCGCUGCCUUCCGCCGUGUACUCUUCGCUGAGCUUCCUCCAUGCGGCAUUUCAGACCAUUGCGCCUUCGGUCAUGAUCUCGCUCACGUACCGAACCAUUGUCUUUUAUUGCGCUACUCGCAUCAUUCCGGCAGUGCGGGAAUCUGGCGCGAGAGCACUUCUUGAUGAAGCUUCUUGGGACGACUCUGAUAAUGCGAAUCGAAUCCUGGGCUUUCUCUCUUGGUUCUCGCCUUCCAUCUUGAUUGCAGUCUAUACAAGUCUUUUGUUGCAACACUUUUCGACAAACGGCACCGAAGGCUGGACGCUACGAGAUGGUGAUGCGGGAGGCAAUACAUGGCGAUGGAUCAACGUGGUAAUGACCAUGGGCCUAUAUGGCGUCGAAUUAUACCUGGGCAACGAUGAUGAUGUUUCCAUGACACACUGGAAAACAGACUGA